UGGCCUUUGUAAACUCCUUUACUUAAUCAGCUCGACCUCCACUGAAUCUUAAUCAUAUUAAUCAGCUCCACCCUCCACUGAAUCUUACCUAAGCAUAGAUCACGUGCAGUGUAUACAGUGUACACACUCUCUACUAUAUAUCUGUGUGCAUAGUGAUCUGUACACAUCCAUCGUUCUAAUACAGCGUUCUGAUCAAAGUCCCCAAAGAAAGAAAAAAAGACCAAACAGAAAAAAAGAGAUGAAUGCUUUAGCAGCAACAAACAGAAACUUCAGGCUUGCUUCUAGGCUUCUGGGUUUGGAUUCUAAACUUGAGAAGAGUCUUCUCAUCCCUUUCAGAGAAAUCAAGGUGGAGUGUACCAUACCGAAAGACGAUGGGACAAUAGCGUCGUUUGUUGGGUUCAGAGUCCAGCACGACAAUGCAAGAGGUCCUAUGAAAGGUGGAAUCAGAUAUCAUCCUGAGGUUGAACCGGAUGAAGUGAACGCAUUGGCUCAGCUCAUGACAUGGAAAACAGCAGUGGCUAACAUUCCGUACGGAGGAGCCAAAGGAGGCAUUGGCUGUGAUCCGAGCAAGCUCAGCAUCUCUGAGCUGGAGCGGUUGACUCGUGUUUUCACUCAGAAGAUUCAUGAUCUCAUUGGGAUUCACACUGAUGUUCCAGCUCCAGAUAUGGGCACUGGUCCUCAGACAAUGGCUUGGAUUCUUGAUGAGUACUCUAAGUUCCAUGGAUACUCGCCUGCAGUUGUCACUGGAAAACCCAUUGAUCUUGGUGGAUCACUCGGGAGAGACGCUGCCACUGGAAGAGGAGUGAUGUUUGGAACUGAAGCUUUGCUUAACGAGCACGGCAAGAGCAUCUCAGGGCAACGUUUUGUCAUCCAGGGGUUUGGGAAUGUGGGCUCUUGGGCGGCGAAGCUGAUAAGUGAACAAGGUGGGAAGAUAGUUGCGGUGAGUGACAUUACUGGAGCUAUCAAGAACAAGGACGGUAUCGAUAUCGAGAGCUUGCUCAACUAUACCAAAGAACACAGAGGUGUUAAAGGGUUUGAUGGUGCGCAUCCGAUCGAUGCUAACUCGAUACUGGUUGAGGAUUGUGAUAUUCUCAUCCCUGCAGCACUUGGUGGUGUCAUCAACAGGGAGAAUGCGAAUGAGAUUAAAGCAAAGUUCAUCAUUGAAGCUGCUAACCAUCCAACUGAUCCUGAUGCUGAUGAGAUCUUGAGUAAGAAAGGUGUGGUUAUUCUCCCGGACAUAUAUGCAAACUCUGGAGGAGUCACUGUCAGCUACUUCGAAUGGGUUCAGAACAUACAAGGGUUUAUGUGGGAGGAAGAGAAGGUGAACGAUGAGCUGAAGACAUACAUGAAUCGUGGAUUCAAAGACAUGAAAGAGAUGUGCAAAACUCAUUCAUGUGAUCUUAGGAUGGGAGCUUUCACGCUCGGUGUUAACCGUGUGGCUCGGGCUACCGUUCUCAGAGGUUGGGGAGCUUAAGAUUCUGUGUUAAAAACUCCUUUUAAUAAAACGAGCACAUCUCUAAUCCUUUGUCUUUGUUUUUAUCAUCUACUUUUGGCUUAGAGAUCCUCUCCUGAGUUUAUAACCAGAUGAUGCUUGUGUAUGUAAUAAAACCAUGGACCUAUAAUAAUUGAUCAGUAUUUUACUCAAUUG